AUUGAGAAAAGCAGAGAGUGCGCAGCUCUGAAUCUACAGUGGGAGGAAAGCGGUGUGGAGUGGUUGGUUACUGCGCGAUGGCUGCACUGUCCACAGUAUACUCGGCUGCCACUCUUUUUUUCUAUGUUGCCUUUACACUGGUCAGUUCGAAGAAACCGAACGUAGUUUUGAUCCUGACUGACGAUCAGGAUGUUCUCCUGGGCGGAAUGACACCACUGAAGAAAACCAGGAAACUUAUUGGAGAUCUUGGAGUAACCUUCAAUAAUGUGUAUGUGGCCAGCCCACUGUGCUGCCCCAGUAGAUCCAGUAUCCUGACUGGGAAGUAUCCACACAAUCAUCGUGUAUUUAAUAAUACACUGGAAGGAAACUGCAGUAGUAAAGCAUGGCAAAAAACACAAGAGCCUAACACCUUCCCAGCUAUCCUCCGUAAUCAUUGUGGAUAUCAAACAUUUUUUGCAGGAAAAUAUUUGAAUGAGUAUGGAUCAGAGCCUGCAGGUGGGGUUGAACAUGUUCCGCCAGGUUGGAAUUACUGGCAUGCUCUGGUGAAGAAUUCCAAAUAUUACAACUACACACUUUCUGUCAAUGGAAAACCACAGUAUCAUGGCCAGAACUAUAGUCUAGAUUAUCUAACUGAUUUGCUAUCAAAUGUUUCUUUGGAGUUUUUGGAAUACAGACCCAAGUAUGUGCCUUUCUUCAUGAUGAUCUCAACUCCAGCACCGCAUUCCCCUUGGACUCCUGCCCCACAAUAUGAAAAGAGUUUUAUGAAUGUUAAAGCACCAAGGAACAAUAACUUUAAUAUACAUGGAAAGGAUAAACAUUGGCUAAUCAGGCAAGCAAAGACCCCCAUGACCAACUCUUCAAUUAAUUUUCUGGAUAAUGCUUUUCGGAAAAGAUGGCAAACGUUAUUGUCAGUGGAUGACCUUGUGGAAAAAGUAGUAAAGAAGCUAGAUGCAGUCAAAGAGCUAGAAAACACCUAUAUUUUCUUUACAUCUGAUAAUGGCUACCAUACAGGUCAAUUUUCUUUGCCAAUUGACAAACGACAGCUGUAUGAAUUUGAUAUAAAAGUGCCAUUGCUUGUGCGAGGACCUGGAAUCAAAUCUAACACUAGUAAUAAGAUGCUUGUAGCAAAUAUUGAUUUGGCUCCCACAAUAUUGGACCUUGCUGGCUAUGAUAUUAACAAGACAAGGAUGGAUGGCAUGUCUCUCUUGCCGCUGCUGAAUGAUGUGGCAAAAAAUGUGAUGUGGAGGACUGACCUCCUUGUAGAAUAUCAAGGAGAGGGACAUAAUACAAGUGAUCCUACCUGCCCUUCAUUAGGGCCUGGGGUGACAAACUGUUUCCCUGACUGUGUGUGUGAAGAUGCAUAUAACAACACCUACGCAUGUGUGAGAACUAUUGCCACUCCAGCUGACCUACAGUACUGUGAAUUUGAUGAUAGUGAGGUCUUUGUGGAAGUCUAUAAUCUAACCUCUGACCCACACCAGAUCAUAAAUAUAGCAAAGACUAUAGAUCAAGAAAUUCUUGAGAAGAUGAACCAUCGUCUAAUGAUGUUACAGUCUUGUUCUGGAUCAACAUGCCAUACGCCUGGGGUAUAUGAUCCAAGGUACAGAUUUGACCCUAGACUAAUGUUUCAUCAUGGACCUACUGCACCCAAGCUAUUCCAUAAAGUCUUAUGAGAUCUGUUUGUCAGUUGUCAUUUGUGAUGUGCCAUCUUCCUUACCUGUGUGGACAGAUCUAAAUUGAGGAAUAUUUUUCUUCCUAUCACAGCCUCCUCCCCCACCCCACCAAAAAUGUACUUUUCAUGUCUUCUUAAAAAAAGAAAAAUGGAAAUGUAAUUUGGGAAUUUUUAAUACUUUUAGUUCUGUUACAGCAGCACUAUUUAUUUGCAAGAACUAUUGCCUUUUAAUUUAAAGGAAUGUGUGCACAUAACUGCUUGAGUGAGAUAUGACCCAAAUCAGACAGUUUAGGCUUCUGAUUUCCUUGCACGAAUAGUUAUCUGCCGACCAGCAUCCAUAGCCUCUCCUUUGAUGGGUACUGCAUGAUAUUUCCAGUGAAGUCCCUGCUUUUGAACACCAUAGCAUUAUCUUGUGCUAAUAGUUCAGUUUGCAUGCAACUCCUGAACAAACUUCACUGUAAAGGUAAUAGAACAAGCAGAAAAUUGAAGAGGUGCAUUCAGUUCCACUGUGGUAGAAUUUUCACUUUUAUGCCUGGGAGGCAGAUAAACUGAUCAAACACUGGUAAGAAAUUCUGUUCAAAGUGAGAUUUGUUGCAUUUGUCAAUCCCUGUCUUGGAAUGGAACAAAAUAUUUCACCAUGAACAGUGAUAUAGGAUUUCCUCCUUGCAUUUUUUUGGGGGUCAGACUGGUGUGAAUGGAGGAAAUUCAUCUGAUUCUGAAUGAACAUAUCUUUUUAAGUUUAAACAUUUCCCAGUGUUAAAUACUGUAGCGUGAUCUCAUCUUGGGCACAAUAGUACUAUUUCUGUUCUACCCCAGCUGAUUUUUGAUUUCAUUACCAACUGGAGGUCAUUAACAUGACCUUCACUGUUUCCAGGGCUACAAGAUUUCUUAAUUUCUUGGUUGUGACUAUUUCUCUUGCAUCCUUGAAAAUGGAAGGAAUUUUGUGUUCUAGGUUGCAUUGCCAUCAAUUGGCUAGCUCGCCUAGUCUCUGAUUUUUUUUAUUGUGUUGGGGAUUGUGGAUAAGCAAUUUACUUGUCAAGUUUAUUUCUGAUGUGCAUCAUUCAAUACUUUAACAAAAAAAGGUGGUGAAAUAUCUUGUUUCUAAGCUUGAAGUACUUCAGUAUAAUGUUCAGAAAUUUGUCUAUAAAACCUGAUUUCAGUAGAAUGAAAUGAAGAUUACUUUCAAAUGAAGUAUAAUUUAGAUAAUUGCACUGAAGGAUUUAGGGUCCCCACUUUUGGAUGAUUUUCAAACUUGCUGGAUUUGUGCUCUUAUGCAUUUUCCUUCCCAGCUGAACAUGAGGAAGAUGUGUGACUCAAAGUGGCUAUUCAUUGCUUACAAAGUAUGGCUAGAAUGGCAGCAGUAUCCACCAUCCAUGUUAUCUGCCCUCUGGCUAUCAAGAUACCUCCAUUUUUUGUCUAUCAAGUGUUGGCUUAUUGAUCAAUUGUACACUAAACCUAACCACUUCCUAUUGUAUCCUGCACUGUUGUAUAAACUAUCAGAAUAUCUUUAUAUUCAAGGGUGAAAUUGUUUCUUUAUAAUGUUUUACACUUGUUGAUUUCUCCAAAUGUGAUGCUUAAUAGUUGUAUUGUCAGUGCAAACUAAAAUAAUUCUGGGUGGAAUGCUGAAGCAAUGUAAAUUGUCUGAAGGACAAACAAAACUACAACUAAGCUAUCUUUUCACUGGCAUAAAUGUUUAGUGUAUAGUUGACGCAAUGCAUCUAGGAUAGAAAUCUAAGUUUUGAUGUGCAUUAGUGAAUGAGUUUAACUAGCAAUGCUUGCAGACUAAGGUGUACCUUUUGCUUGGUAUACCUGUUAAAUCUACAGCAAGUAAUCAUGUACUUGAGAGCAAGCACUUGAUUUGCCCUCUAAUACAGGGGCUCAGAAAACAUUCUGCAUAUCAUUAUUGCGUUGCUGAUCACAAAUCUUGUAUUUUCAGUCCCAAACAAAGUUUUCACUUUUUUUUAAAGCAGUUUGGAUAACCAUUUGUAUAAACAAUAUUAUUAAGGAGGUUCAGACUCGAGGCACUUGUAAUGCUGAUUUGAAUUGAGAUUUCAUGCUUUUUUCCAAAGAUGAUUUAAGUGCCCUUGAUCGUAUUUUUUGAGAUUGUGUGUGUGUAUAUGAUGGCUUAAUUCAAACCUUGCACUUAUUUAAUAAACUACUUUACAAUUUGAA